CGCGACGACUACCACAACCUCUCCACGCUCCCUCCUAGCCACCUCACACCCGCUAUACUCCCACCACACCACACAUACACACGAUGACCUCAUCCCGCCCGACGCCGGCACACAUGACGCUACUCGCCAAGAACGGGAAGACGACGACCCUGUUGCACGCUUUACCGUCUACACCUCUGCCCUUGCUCAAAGCGGAGCUAUUCCGCUCGCUGCAAGAGCACGCCGACAAGCACUCUCUCUCGAUCGCUGGCGAGCUUCCCGAGUCGCCCGACGAGAUCGUCCUUGGAGCUACCGACGACAACGCUGCCGCUAGGAAUUGGUAUGUCCUCGAUGGGCAGGAGAAGAAUAAGACCACCGUGAGGGAUGUGGGACUUGUCGAUGGCGGGACAAUCGCGUGGAAGGUUAGGGGCGAGCAGUUUGUCGUUGAGGAGUUGGGCGCUAUUGAGGAUGAGGGGGAGGUGGAGUAGGAGCUGCUGGUUGAAGGAACGGUUAAUACUACAAUGCGGAGUUCGAGGUUGAGAUUGUUCACUGCUGGGCACGGGACGUUAUGAGGUUGAUUUGGUGAGCAUUCUGGAGUUGAAUUGGGCGUGUGAAUGAUGAUGCGAGGAUCGACAACUCGGUAGUUAAUCGAGUCACCGAAUC